AUGGGCAUACAGUACACCAUUCGAAAAGCUAUGAAACUUCCUAUCAAAUGGCUGGCACCGGAGACUAUCUCUACUUUCACCUUUUCGUUAAAAACGGAUGUGUUCAGUUUUGGUGUAGUGGUUUUUGAAAUUUUUUCUGAUGGUGAAGAGCCAUGGGCAGGGAAGACAAAUGCUGAAGUUAAAGUUGCCGUAACCAGCGGUCAGUUCGUGCAAAUGCCACAAUGUUGUCCUGAGCCACUUCGGAUAUUCAUCGCACAGCGAGUAUUCGUUAAAGACCCUUUACAACGGGCCUAUAUGAGUGAAGUAAGUUGA